CCAUCACUGCUUCUACUAUCACUCUUCUGAAAAUUUCUGAUUCUCGACAUUUUGUAAGUGAAGUGCUCUUUCCUCCAACAACUGAUCAAUCUCAGUCUCUCCCCACUGCUUCUCCAAUGUUGCCAAAUCUCUAGUUUUCUUUUUCAUCUCAUAUUCUUGGUCGGUAUUUGAUGUACAGCAGUGCAACCCCAAUUUCUAUCGGCUUCAACACAAACAAUUCUUCAUUGCGUAAUCCAGUAUUAAGUGUCGGCGUCCACAAAAAUAGCCCCACAGAUAUGUGGAGAAACAUCGCCAAACAAAUCAGUUCAAGAGGGCGGCCGGAAUACCGCCGCAAUUCGUCUCUCUCCGCCACUCAAAGCUUUCUGGGGUUCGGCCAGGAUCCACUUAUUCCCGGAAAACCAAAGUUCAGGCGCCUCUUCGAGCUUAAUUUGCGGCCCGCCGAUGCUUUUCCGAUGGUGGGAUUUCGGAGAAACGGUGAUAUCGACGGCCCAGAUGAAAAUUUUCCGUCAUUUUUUGGGAGAAAUCAAGUGAAUUGUAGUGUGUUGUGCUGUAGGAGCUACGCUAGCGUAGCUGAGGCGGUGGAGGUGGAGGUGGCGGCGUCACACACGGACGCAGAUGAGGAUAAUAGGGAUACUAGUCGUGCUGAUAUGUCUGCACCUGAUGAGGUUCAAGAAUUGUUGAAUGUGAUGAGGAAGGAGGAGAUGAGAGUGUAUGCGAAGAACUGGAGGCACAAGAUACAUGCUAAAAUGGGGAUUAAGAAGUACUAUGCUCUAAAGAGAAGGCAAGCGAAGAUGGAAACCGAGGCGUGGCAGCAGGCGGCGAAAGAGUACGUGGAGCUCUUGAAUGAUAUGUGUGAGCAGAAAUUGGCUCCGAAUUUGCCUUAUAUGAAGUCUUUGUUUUUGGGAUGGUUUGAGCCGUUGAGGGAUAAGAUUGCUGAGGAGCAGGAGGUGAUUAGGAAUCAGAAGAGUAAGGCGGCCUAUGGUAAGUACUUCGUUCUCUUGCCAGCAGAUAUGAUGGCCGUUGUCACAAUGCAUAAGCUGAUGGGGUUGCUGAUGACCGGCGGGGAGCAUGGGUGUGCGCGAGUGGUGCAGGCUGCUUGCAUUAUAGGCGACGCAAUCGAACAGGAGGUGAGGUUAAACUAUUUCCUUGAGAAAACGAAGAAGAGAAAGGCUGAGAAAGCUGCAGAGAAGGCAAGAGAUGGAUCUGUCGUAGAUACAUCAGAACAAGAGAUAUUGCAUAAAAAAGUCACGACCUUGGUGAAAAAACAAAAUCUCCGAGCCGUGAGGCAAAUAUUGAAUAGACAAAUUGAGUCUCAGCCAUGGGGCCAGGAUGCUAGAGCAAAGGUGGGAAGUCGGCUCAUUGAAUUGAUUCUACAGACUGCCUAUAUACAAGCCCCUGCUAAUCAGUUAGCAGAGGGUCCACCUGAUAUUCGACCUGCGUUUGUACAUACUAAUAGAAUUGUAUCAAAAGAAAAUACGAACUAUAGCAGAAGAUAUGGUGUUAUUGAAUGUGAUCCUAUUAUUCGUAAAGGCCUUGAAAGAACAGCUAGGCACAUGGUCAUACCAUAUAUGCCGAUGCUAGUGCGUCCAGUUAGGUGGACAAGGUAUGACAAAGGUGCAUAUUUAUAUUUACCUUCGUAUGUGAUGCGCACACAUGGAGCACGCCAACAACGUGAAACAGUUAAGAGAACUCCUAGGAAACAGUUGAAACCAGUAUUUGAGGCAUUGGAUACUCUUGGAAACACCAAAUGGAGAGUGAACAAGAGAAUUCUCAAUGUUAUUGAUAGAAUAUGGGCUAGUGGAGGUUGUCUUGGAGACUUAGUUGAUCGCAAUGAUACCCCUCUGCCGGAGGAGCCGGAUACAGAAGAUGAAACAAUAAUUAAGAAGUGGAAAUGGAAAGUUAAAGCUAUCAAGAAGGAAAACAGCGAGAGGCACUCACAGCGUUGUGAUACAGAGCUUAAACUUGCUGUUGCACGAAAGUUGAAAGAGGAAGAAGGCUUCUUUUACCCGCACAACCUUGAUUUCCGUGGCCGUGCAUACCCCAUGCACCCACACUUGAAUCAUUUGGGCUCUGAUAUUUGUAGGGGAAUCCUAGAGUUUGCUGACGGUCGACCUCUUGGAAAGUCAGGCUUGCGUUGGCUUAAGAUACACUUGGCAAAUUUAUUUGCCAAUGGCGUGGACAAAUUGUCUCAUGAUGGUCGACUAGCUUUUACUGAGAACCAUUUGGACGAUAUAUUUGAUUCUGCAGAUAGACCACUUGAAGGAGAGCGUUGGUGGUUAAAAGCAGAAGAUCCUUUUCAAUGUUUGGCAGCAUGCAUUAACCUUGCUGAGGCCCUUAGAAGUCCAUCUCCCGAGACAAUAAUAUCUCAUAUUCCAGUCCACCAAGAUGGUUCUUGCAAUGGUUUACAGCAUUAUGCUGCCCUUGGUAGGGAUAAGCCAGGGGCAGCUGCUGUUAACCUGGUUGCUGGAGAAAAGCCCGCAGAUGUUUAUUCAGGAAUUGCUACGAGGGUCCUUGAUAUCAUGAAGGAAGAUGCGCAGAAGGACCCUGAUGUAUAUCCCGAAGCUUUGCAUGCAAGACGACUGGUCCAUCAGGUGGAUAGGAAGCUGGUCAAGCAGACUGUGAUGACAUCAGUGUAUGGUGUAACUUACAUUGGUGCUCGAGAUCAAAUUAAGAGAAGACUAAAGGAACGUGAUGCCAUUGGGGAUGAUGCGGAAACAUUUGGUGCAGCUUGUUAUGCAGCAAAGGUUACAUUAACUGCAUUAGGGCAGAUGUUUGAAGCUGCAAGGAGCAUCAUGAGCUGGCUAGGAGAAUGUGCCAAGGUUAUCGCAUCUGAAAACGAGCCUGUUUGUUGGACAACUCCACUUGGACUCCCUGUGGUGCAGCCGUACCGUAAAGUAGGAAGGCAUUUCGUUAAAACUUCUCUGCAGGUUUUGACCCUCCAGCGUGAGACAGAAAAGGUGAUGGUUAAGAGGCAGAGAACAGCUUUUCCUCCGAACUUCGUUCAUUCCCUCGAUGGAUCCCACAUGAUGAUGACUGCUAUCGCAUGCAGGAAAGAAGGAUUGGACUUUGCAGGUGUUCAUGAUUCAUAUUGGACGCAUGCAUGUGAUGUUGACGUGAUGAACAGAAUAUUAAGAGAGAAAUUCGUUGAACUAUAUGAAACACCAGUUCUCGAGAAUUUGCUGGAGAGCUUUCAACAGUCCUUCCCUUCGUUGCCUUUCCCUCCAUUGCCCGAGCGGGGCGACUUUGAUCUUCGAGAAGUGUUGGAGUCUCAGUAUUUCUUCAACUGAAUUGGGUAACUCUUGUUGUCAGAGCAGCAUACAUUCAUGAACGGGCUUUCAUUGUGCGUUUGUAGCCGUUGAUAGCUCGGCCAGCGACUCCAUGAUAGUGAUCUUUAUUGGGUUUGAUGCACUUGCAAGCACAAGAAGGUUUCCUUGAUGCAUCUGAAGUCACCACAUUCUUGUUCAUUCAUGGUCGUCGAAGCUUCGAGAUUUGUGUACAGUUUGCAGAGAGAAUUCUACACAGCGAUCUGGUGGCGCAAGGACCGACAUAGCUUCUCCACUUAGGUUAGUAUUGCAUAAUCCAUAGGCUUAAUUUGUCUUUGAGAGGGAUCUGGCAAAACAUACUGAUAUUCUCAAUAUUCUGGUUUUCCUUUGCUGUCCCUUAAAGGGAUACCUGUAAAUUGUGCAAAGGCACUAAUUGUUAGAGGACAGAUGAUUCUCAAGGAAUGUAGUUGUAUAUAUGUCUACUGAUUUGUUUGAAGGGUAAAUAUUAAUUAAAAUACCAAACUAUA